AUGGGAUUUGGCACGAAGAGGCGUCGUAUAGACACCAAGCAAGUAGAUGCGAUCCCUUUCGACCCGGCUGCGAGGAAUGAGUACCUCACGGGCUUCCACAAGCGAAAGCAGGCUCGAAAAGAGAAUGCGCGAGAGACGGCUAUAAAGAAGGAGAAGGAGGAGAAGGUGCUGGAGAGGAAGCAGCUACGAGAACAACGCAAGCAAGAUCUUCAACAGCAUCUGGCCGACUACAAUGCAGAGCUGAGAAAGCAGAACCCAGAUCUUGAUGACGAGGAACUAGAUACUGCAGAGGUAGACGAAGCUUUGCCAGGUGCUGCGGUUGCGAACGAUGUAAAAGACGGAGUAGACGGCCAAGAAGACGAAUACGUAGACGAAGACAAAUACACAACCGUGACCGUCGAAGCCAUGGACGACGAUGCUGCAGGAGAAGAAGACGAGGAGAAGGCAGCCGCUGCAAAGGCAGCGGCCGCCGCAGCAGCCAUACAAGCCGAAGCCACGCAAAAGAAGAAGCGCAUAUGGACCAAGGACAAACCGGCCGCGGAUGGCAAGCCCAAGCAGAAGAAGCACAAGUUCCGAUAUGAGAGUAAGCACGAGCGGCAGGAGACGCGGCGGAAGCAGAAGAACAAGAGUCGGGCUGCGCAGGCGAGGAGGGAGAAAGAUAAGGGAUGA